AUGGAGCAUGAACCUUUCAUGACUGGGAGGUCCUUGGUUGUGGUUGAGUUUACUACAGAUAUCGAUGAUGAAAGUUGGCUGAAAUUUUAUUCAUCAGCAAAACAGAUGGGAAGAGGAAGCAAGAUCGUAAUCAUAAGUAGGAUUGCAAAGAUAUCGAGGUUCGGAACAGUAAAGCAUGUUCGUCUGAAUAGCUUGUCGCACGAGGAGUAUAGCUACCUCUUCAAGGUUCUCGCAUUUGGGAGCACAAACCCAGAGGAACACCCUCAAUUAGCAUCAGUAGCAAAAGAUCUAGCAGCAACACUGGAAGGAUCGCUCAUCACAGCUAACGUAUUCGCUGAUAUGCUGAGGAAGAAUCAGAAUGUUCACUUCUGGCUCAGCAUAUUGAAAAGGUACCGGAAUGUGGUGGAGAACAACAUUUCGGUGUUUGGCGAGCAUCCAAAAAAUCUUAUGGACAAAGAUCAUCCUAUCGUUAUAACUAGAUUUGUGUCAUUGUCGUCUUCAUCACAAUCAUCUACUACACUUCGCCUCAUGCCUCCUCAUAGCAAAAUCGACGAUUCCAAAAGGGAGUUGCCCAAGGUGAUGUUUGGAGAUCUGAUUGCUGGGUCAGCUGUUCAACUGGAGGAGUUUGAGUUAGUCGCGUGGGACUCUCGGAUACCCCCUUACAAACGGCUUGUUAACCUUGCUAAAUAUUGUGAUGAGGAGAAAAUCUCUCAGGAUCAUACAACAUCACCUAGCAGUAAGCGCCAACGGUUAGAUAAGUAA